AUGACAGACGUCUCUCCGGUAAAGGCGCUUGCUGAUCCUCAGCCCGCUUCUGUCGUCCUCUACGGCGACCAUCGUCCUCCCUUCACCCACGCCUCACCCACGCUAGAUGGCACUGUCGAGGAAGAAGAAUCGUCGACAAUCAAGUGCAUCUGUGGCUUCUUCGAGGACGAUGGCAACACCGUGCUCUGCGAAAAGUGCGAUACGUGGCAGCACAUCGUCUGCUACUAUGAGUCGGUCCAGCACGUGCCCGAGAUCCACGAAUGCUUCGAUUGCCAUCCUCGAGCCAUCGACAAGAAGAGGGCUGUCGAGAAGCAACUGCAGCGUCGCGAACAACUCCACAGUAUCGGCGAGCGCAAAGGCAAGCCCAAGACGACUUCCAAGAACCACAAGAGGCGAGUCAAGGAGCCGCUGGCAUCUGUCCACGCCAAUGGCUGGGCCGUGCAUUCCAACAAUGACCUGCACUACGGAACCGAGCGCAAGAGCGGAAGCCCACGGGACCAACCGCCGCCUUCCAAGAGACCCAAGACGACUCAUCGUUCCUCUGCCUCCGUGAACAUCAUGAACGACGCUCCUGCGCUCAUGCCCCCGUCGCGCAAGCGGGCUAGUUCAACUGCUGCUGCCCAGAAUGGAUACAGCCCGGUCAAAUCCCCGACGACUCCAGAUGGUCCCAACGACAUCUACUCGCCCGAGUUUAUGAGUCUCUACCGCCAGCAGACGCCUCCGUCACCCGACUCGAACGAUUACACAGAUAUUGGCAUCGCAAACGACCUCGCCAUGUGGCUCACCGACAGGGAGGAGUUGGCCAAGGCUACUGGCGGUCUGCAACCCGCUGAUGUCUUCCAACGGAUCAAUCAACCGAUCGAGGACCUGGAGCGAAUGGCGCCGCCAAUCUUGAAGCAGACCGACGCGGACCUCGGAGUAACCGCGCAUGGCCUACACCCACAGUGGAACUAUCUUACUGUCGAGGCUCCUGUCCUGGCACAGUCUUAUAUCGGUGAAUUGAGAGGCAGGAUAGGUCGGAGGCAGGAUUACAUCCAGGAUCCUUCUAACAGAUGGGAAGUUCUGCGACAUCCCGAACCUUUCGUUUUCUUCCCUCCUCAUCUACCCAUCUACCUCGAUACGCGGCAAGAGGGCACCCUCUUGAGAUAUGUGCGGCGGAGCUGCAACCCCAACGUUUCUAUGAAAAUAGUCACCCAGGGUAAUACUGAUUUCCACUUCUGCCUCAUCUCCGACAAGAAUAUCGAGGCUGGCGAAGAGCUUACCAUGGGCUGGGAAGUCGAGGAUGGGAUCCGGCAAAAAAUCUCCGACGCGCUUGACAAGGGGGAAAUCAAAAAUGAGGGCCUUAAGAAGAUUGAGCCCUGGGUUGCCUGCAUCCUCUCCAACUUUGGUGGCUGUGCAUGCGACAGGUCUCGCGGCUGGGAAUGUCUCCUAGAGCGGGCACGAAGGCGAGGUAAUGCUCAGCAAGAAACGAACCCGCCUGCGAAGUCAUCCAAGGGUCGGAAAUCGAAGAAAGGACAGGCAUCUCCGCUAAGUACAGGCCAUGCCACGAACAGCCGUGCCGGAAGCGAAACCAUCAAUCGUAAUGGGCCUGAAGAUGACAAUAUGGAUGCUCGGUCGACCUCUGGUUCGCACAAGUCGACGAGCCGUGACAUCACGCCCUCAACCCAUUUCUCGGUUGAUGCGGGUGAUCUCAAGCUGUCUGACCGCGAAAGGCGAAAGAUACAACAAUCGGAACAGUUAUUCAACAGGAUGGAGUACGAGGAACUACACAGAGGCAAACGGGGGAAGAGGAACAGUGCUGGGUCGAAUCUGAACACACCCAGCCUUCCUUCUUCUAAACAACUGGGUCACUCGGAGCCAUCGCCGACCGCGCGGACCCCGCGCGAACACAAUCAUGGUGUUGCGCGCAAGGCAUCUGGUACCUCUAGGGCCAAAGGGCGGACCGAGCGAAAGCCCAAGCCCGUCUAUGUUGACAGUUCCACGCAGACGGAUGGGCCCGACUCCUGUCCAAAUGCGAUACCUGUUCCUCCCGCGAACCCAGGUCCACCCAGACGUCCAGUGCGCUUCGUUCACAGGCUCCUGCAAAUGGCCAAUCAAGAUCGGCUGAAACGACUAGAGCAGGAGGAGUGCAAGAAGGCCGCCUUUGUCAAGGCUGAAGCUAGAUCGCCGGCCCUGCGGGAUGUCAUGUCCAACAAACGAUCGCCCUCUUCGCCGUUGGUUCCCAAGGGAGAAUCGUCGGCAAUGGACACCUUGCCAGACGCUGAGCCUGUCCCGGCGCCUGUCGGCGCGCCCACCGUGGCCAAGACCGAACCGGAGACUGCUUCAGUGGCGGAUGUCGUUAUGAAAGACGCUGAACCUGCAACUCUAGCAGAAUCAGCGGCAACGCCUUCGUCAUCAAAGAUUGAAGAAAUGCCUGAUGCUCCCGAAGCCGAAAGGCCGCCAGAAGCACCCCAACCUUCGAUGCUGCCACCAUUGCUGCCAUCUUCUUCGACGGUUUCGAUCGGGUCUGCAACCACCCCCGCUGCCGCAGCACCACCCUCAAAACCUGUGGACCUUCAUCUCCAGCUUCCUCCACCUGACAUGACCCACCCCGCAGUCUCUCUGAAUUCCGCAUCAACGCCAGGCUCUGUUUCAGGGGCCCCGAUUGCGCAAUCUCCCAUUUCGCUUCCAACUGCAUCGCCCAUGUCACCCGCAGUAGGCGCUGCCGCUAACCCACCACCGGUGCGGAAGAAGAUGAGCCUUAGCGACUAUACGAAUCGCCGAGCCAAACUUGCUCAGACACAGUCAUCUGGUGCUAGCGCGACGCCUACAAUGAUGCAAUCUCAUUUGGCAAGCUCUCCGACGUUGUCCACAGCCAGCUUGCCGAGCCAGACCUCCCCCCCUCCAGCAGUGAAGCCGACGGAACCUAGUACUCUGACGACCGUAACUGAGGAGGCAAAGUCAGAGAGCUGA